AUGAGGACCCUCUCCCCUGACCCAAGCCCCGGCCACAGACCGGUGGUCGGGCCCCUCCUGUUUCAGCGAAGGACCAAGGAGUCGAACUUGCUGUACGCCGGAGACACUACGGCAGAGUGGCAGAGGCUGAUUAGACGCCAGAAGGUCAGAGGAGUCUUCAUGGUGGAAGAAGUGAGGUACUUCAACCUGAUACAAAAGAAUUACAUCAACGCGUUUGCUGAAGGAGAACAAAUCGGAAGGUACGUGGACACUCGCGUCGACGCAGGCACGAUUGUGGAUCCCCGCGGCUACAAGGAAGGCAAACGGAACCCUGAUUUAUGGGGAAUCAAGUACAACAACUACAUGUGGACGAAGCGCUACAUCCACCCUGAUCUCCUGAGGAUUAUCAAGAAGGAGGUGGAGGCGGAGGAGAUCGCGGCCUACCUGUACUACGUGCCUUUCUACUCCGAGGCCUUCUGCAGGGAGAUCGUCGAUGAGAUGGAGUACUACGGGAAGUGGCAGGAUGGCGAGGAGGACACCAGGGACGUCGCUCACCAGUACACGAGCAGGAACAUCAACCUCGAGGAUAUCGACUUCGACUCCGAGUACUUCGUCAUCCUUAAUAGCUUCCAUAAGGAACUUUUGGCUUCUCUCUAUAGCGACUACAGAGCGUAUGCGGAACCUUCCCUCAUCUUCGUGUUAAAAUACGCAGAUAACACCAAGUAUAACACGUUCAAGUAUCACCUGGACGGCGCUUCUUACACAUACAACAUUGCACUCAAUGACGACUUCCUUGGCGGCGGCCUCGAGUACCGCAUGGGCAACAGAUACUUCGGCGAGGAGAAGGAGUUUCACGUCCGCCACAACAGGACCGGAUGGGCGGUUAUCCAGCCCAACCGGCCCCUCCACGUGCACCGGGGAGUGCCACUCGUAUCCGGCACUCGCUACCCAGAAAAUCAUUAA